AUCAGCGGCUCCUUUGAAGUUUGCACUUAUUGUGUUGAUAGUGUGUUUGACGGAUGGAUAAAAUGUAGUGCUUUUGUGAAUUUAAAAGUUUAUUUGGUGCUUUGAAGAAAUGAAAUUAAUUUCAGGGUAUUUCUUGUUUCUAGCGAUUGGAUUUAUAUUUCCUGAUACGGAAUGUUUGAAAAUUAAACGUGAUGUAGGGAGAUUAAUGCAAGAAUACCCUUUUAACCAGUUCUUGUUGAGAAUGGUUCCCAAACCAUUCCAGAUAGUGUUUGUUAAGCAAGUAAAGAAACACAGUCUGGAACCAGUCUCAACAAGAGUGCGGGACAUUGGACAUGGAAUGUAUGAGCAUAUCCAGCAACUGACAUUACAGAUUAUUAUAGACAAAAAGAAGCACAAACUCAAAUUACAGAGAAAUGAUGGUCUAUUCUCCGCUGGGAUUCAAACAAAGUACUUCAAGGAGCCGCAAUCACAAGUUAUAGAAAAGACUGUAGAACAAUGUUACUAUCAAGGUGUGGUCAAGAGAGAUGAAUGGUCUGCUGUUGCUGUGGCAACUUGUGAUGGAAUCAGGGGUUUGAUUCAGUUAAACAAUGAGACAUAUAUUAUACAGCCACUGGCACAAGGAGAACAAACAGGGGGUGACCGUCCACAUAUCGUGUACAAAGCUACCAGUUCGGAGAAAGAGAAAUGUGGGAAUGAUCAUGGAAAAUGGCUGCCAUUUCACGAGUUACAUAAAGGAGAAUUUAUAAGAAAGUUGAAAUACCUCAAUGCACAACGAACUUUAAACAAAGAUGCUGCCAAAGUGACAACAAAGUAUAUAAAACUUGCCUUAAUUUUGGAUAAUACGAUGUAUUGGUCAUUGAAUCUGACAGUAAAGCAGGUGUUGGAGUUUGCCAUACAAACAACAAAUAUUGUGGACAUGUACUACAAGGAGUUAAACAUACGUGUUGCAUUAACAUAUGUAGAACUCUGGAACCGUGGCAACAGGAUACUUAUAUCUCCAAAGCUCAGGGAAACUCUGGAAAACUUCAUGAGAUAUCAACAACAUAAUUUACGAGGUGUUGAUCACCAUGCUGCUCAUUUACUCACUCGUCGGAAGUUUGAAGAUAGUACCAUAGGAAUGUCAAUUCCUGAUUCAGUGUGUACAGGAAGAGCUGGUGGUAUCAAUACAAAUCCCAGUUAUCUAGAGCCACAGAAAGGGGCAACUAUUCUAUCUCACAUGAUUGGACAUAAUCUCGGAAUAAAGCAUGAUGAAGAUGUGGACUGGAGAUAUUUGUAUCAUGAAGGUGGGUGUAACUGUGGUGAUGAUUUUGGAUGUAUCAUGUCUACUGAAGUCUUGGGUACUCCAGAGAAGCACUCUCGUAUGUUUUCCUCGUGUAAUGUCAAAGACUGGGAUAUUUCACUCAAUAUGGGAAUAGCAGACUGUCUGAAUAAAAAUCCACAGCCAACAUUCCCUCAGUUAUGUGGUAACAAGCAUGUAGAGAGAGGAGAGGAGUGUGACUGUGGUACACCAGAGGAGUGUGCAAGAACAGAUCCCUGUUGUGACCCAUACACCUGUCUGUUACGUCACUGGGCCCAGUGUAGAACUGGGUCAUGCUGUCACAACUGUACAUACCUAUCGUCAGACUAUGUAUGUCGGGAGAAGUCGACAGAUUGUGAUGUCCCAGAGUUCUGUACAGGUACAGACGGACAGUGUCCAUCUAAUAACUAUGCCAAAAAUGGACAUUCUUGUAACAAUAAUACAGGUUAUUGUAUGGGUGGAGUAUGUCCUACACUUGAUAAACAAUGUCAGCAUAUCUGGGGCAAAGCUGGUUACAAGGCAGAAUCACAAUGUUUUGAGAGAUUUAAUCCAACGGGAAAUUUCAACGGUCAUUGUGGGAAAGAUGACAAAACAGGCUCAUAUGCUAAAUGCUUACCAGAUGAUAUACAGUGUGGGUUAUUACAUUGUUCUGGUGGUAACAAGAUGCCAUUGUUUGGACCAGAUAAAGAUUCCUCAAAAACAACAUUUUCUUCAAAUGGUCAGGAAUACGAGUGCAAGACAGUUCAUGGACCAUCAACUCUAGAUUUACCAAAUCUUGGUUUAGUUUUAGAUGGUACCAAAUGUGGAAAUGGUCUUGUUUGUAUGAACAGGAAGUGCGUGCCACUUGCCAACCUGGACCCUUUAAACUGCCCAGGGUCAACUGAUUCUAUUUGCUCAGGAAAUGGGAUAUGUACUAAGGAAGACACAUGUUUCUGUGAUGAUGGUUGGGGAUCAGAAGACUGUUCUGUCAAACUAAACACAACUCGUAAAAUGUUAUCACUAGAUAUGAUAAAAACUACAACAACAACUACUACCAUGGCAACAACAGUACAGAAUGUGAAUGUUAUACCGUGGGAUGUGCUACAUAGCACAGCUUCACCGGCAUCCACAGAACUGUCGUCUGCUGCAGUGGUACAAGCAGAGGAAUCUGGUUGGUUAAAUACUCAGUGGAUGAUGAUAAUAUUAGCAUCGGUGAUUGGUGGUCUCGCACUUAUUCUAGCAUUCUCAUUCAUAUGUUACAGGAGAAGAAGUCCUGUGAAACUUGAGAAGAAGAAAAAGAAGAAGAAGAAAUACAGUAAAGAUGGGGAAGACAGUGAUGUAGAAAGUGCUAAUAAACUUAUCAGUUUUGGAAGCCUGCCUUCAUACAAAGAUGAAAAGAAGAAAAAGAAAAAGAGAGGGAAAAAAGGCAAAAAUAACAAGAAGGGAGUUAAAUCUGAUGAUGAUACUGAUUUAGAGUUACCUCCUCCACCAAUGAUAAUCUCUGACCCUCAUAGUGCUAGACCUGAAAAAGGUAUUCUAAAGGGUGCAUACAAUGGUGUGAAAUAUGCAAAUGAUAGACGUAGCAGUGAAUCAAACACGGCUACAUCAUCGGGAAGAGAUAUGGACAGUGUCGGACCAUAUGACGAGAUCGAAGAAGACACGGAAGCUGGCGAGAUACAGGAUAUAUUUAGUGGGAAUUCAGACGAGCCUGAGAAAUCAUUAGAUGGUUUAGAUAACAUGUUUGAAUCGUCAAGUUUUGAUUUUAUGCUUCCACCACCUUUCAGUAACCUUGGACUUCAGAAUCGCUCACCAUCGCCACCAAGGAAGUUCACAGGAUAUGAUAUUCCUAUGACGAAUCUAGCCCAUGCUCAAAGGCCAAAUAUGUGGAAAACAACCCUGGCCUCUCCCCCUAAAUCUAGGGUUUUAAGAAUGAGAAAUUUAGAUGAACUUUUACAGACCAUUGAUCGUAAUACAAUAGAUCUGUCACCAUCACCAGAUGAUCCUCCGGUACAGAUUUCACCGUCAACUUCGGAGGAUGUGAGAUCCAGCUCAACUGAUGAUCGGCACUACACUGCAAGUAGUCAUGAUCCACAAAGUCCUAAUUCUAUAACGAGCGGGAGUACUUGUACAGCAUUGAGGCCUUUACUGGGUAGUCAGUGGAGUAAAUACGUACUACAUCGUAACAAUGGACAAACAGGUGAAAACUUUAAUUUUGAUGAUAUUGAAUCACCUUUACCUCACAUUAAUAUACCGCCACCUAUGAAUCCAAUAAAUAUAAGAAGUAUUUUCAACUAUGGCCAAAAAGGCAUUAGCAGGGAUAAUAAUGAUACCCCUCUGGGAAGCCAAAAUGGUGAAUGCAGUUCAAACAACGGUACUGCCAAUUCUAGGAAUGGGUAUGAAAAGAGUUCUGGAUAUGGAAGUGAACAUGACCCGGAAAGAUUUAGUAUCGAGGAUAUAUCUCGGAACCAGUCUCGCUCAGGGUCUGCUUCCCCGCCAAAUUUUAGUGCUGUUAUAAGAACUGGUCCAAACCAGAUUAAACUGGUUCCAGCUGGAAAGUAUGGUGGAUAUAGUUAUAAUCCUAUGGAUAAUGAUCUACAGAAGCUUUUAGACGGAGUACCAAGGAUUGAUGCAGGGUGCUAUGAACGUAGUCCAAUCACAGGAAGUCAGGUCGGACCUAUGACCGGCUUGAGCUCAAAUACUGAAACUUGUAGCAGUGUGACUUCAGGAACCAGUACUCUAGAAACAUUGAAAAAUUCAAUACCAGACUACUCUUCAUCUGGGCUUAAUUCUGAAACAAACACUCUUGUUAAUUCGGAAUAUGAACCUUUGGAUCUUUCUACAAAUAGUGAAAUGAAAAACAGUGUAGAUGAAGGAAAUCCUAACUACUCAAAUAUUGAAAAUUAUACCCCAGAAUUGACUGAAAACAAUAAGUUUGACAAACUGAACCAAUCAAUCCCAGUGCUAGCAAAUGGACCCUUGCCAAACCCAAAGCCCCUUGGUGAUCUUGAUUUAGAAAAUAAAGGAAGUGGUCCAUGUAUUGACAGAAGCUUGGAAGAAAUUUCACAACUUGACAGUAAAAGAAAUCAUAAAAAGAAAAGGGACUCUGUAGAUGCCCAUAGACCACUAAGUUUGGCACUACAGAAAAAAAUCGAUUCCCCACCAGGUGCUAGUGAAACUGAGGAGUUGAUGAUAAAUAGAUACAGUGCAAUUGAUCCUGUCCCAGUCGAUAUUUGUGAAUGUUGAAAAUGAUUAAUGAUUCAAAAUUAAUGUAUAAUGGGUUUUCUGAUAAAUAUAUUGUUACUGUAUUGAAUCAUGUACAUUUUGUGAAUGUUUAUAUAGGAAAAUAAUGGUUUUGCUUGAAUGUUAUAAUGGUACAUUUGUAUUUAUUUUGUUUGAUUCAAAUCUUUCAGAAAAUGCUGCUAUUUUUUGUCUUGUAAAAAAUUACAUAAUUUCAGAUAUUUUCAUUUUAGUUAUUCUUUUAAGAUAUACAUACUGUAAUAUUAUUCUAAUAUUUUAUGGUAUUGUAUCCUGUCACUGUUUGUGUAAAUAGAAAAAACAGUUCAUGAGAAAAAUAGAAUCAAUUUCGAAAGAUUUGAAACAGACCUUGAUGUGUAUGAUAAAUGUGUUACAUGUACUUUAUUAUAAUUUUGUAAUUAAUAUUAUUAUUACCUUAUUUCCGCUAAUUAACGCUCCUGAGCUCCUAAUUAAUGCAAUUAAUGGAUUAACAUUUCAAGCACAUUGUGCAUAGAGUUAAUGGUUUAUAACAAAAUACAAUGUACAAAAAUUAGAAUUCCUGGAAAGAAAUGUAAUAGUCUUUCUUUUAAGUAAAAGAUAUCUCAAUGUGUCAAAGAAUAUUUCAAGGCACUUUAAGGAAGUGAAUGUAUCAGUGUGCAAAAGUUCAUGUAAACUGUAGUUUUCUUAAUUGUUGUUCUUUUUUUAACAAAAAUUGAUAUAAAUGAAAGACACUACAUGAAAGCACUGCAAUUUAUCUAAUUUGAUUUUAAAUGAUUCGGUACAGAAGUAUUUAUUGACUUACUAAUGUACAUUGUGUUUUAAGGAGAGUUUCCAGAAAUAAUCAGCAAAGUUAUCUUCACAUGCAUUCUCCUUAAACAAAAUUAUAAUAGCCACAUCCCAUGUUAAAACAUUAGAGAGCACCUGUUAUCACUGGAGCAGUAAUAAGGAGAAAUAUGGUAUAUGUAAAUAUUAGAAUACACUGCCCCACUAAACUUAUUGUCAAAUAUGGUGCAAUUUAUUUUCUCAUUACUAUCAACAUGUUAUAUACAAAUUAGUAUUGUUCAUCGUAUAGAUAUAUGAUUACAGAAAUGUGUAUUUUUGGUUUUGUUUUAUAUUGCUGUAAAUGUAUAGCUUAUGUAUAAUAUAUAUACAUAUAUGAUCAUAAAAUUCUAGCAACUUAUAUAAGACUUAUGAUUCAAGUUAACAAUUAUUUCUUAAGACUUGUGAGUGAUAAUAUUUUAACACUGAUUUUGUUAAACAUGGAUUAGAGAAUGAUAAUUUUCAGUACUUAUUUUACAAGAUUAGAGAAUGACAAUUUUUAACAUUAACUUCUUUUUACAAUUUGAGAAAUAUGAUUUGUAAACAAUGAUUUAUAUAGAGUUUGAUAAUAAAACACUGAUUUUCAAGGUUUGAGAUUAAGAAAGAUGAUUUUAAUACUUGUUUGUUAAGAUUUUAGAAUGAUUAUUUUCAAGACUGCUUUGUUAGGUAGGGUUUUGAUUUUCUAUAUUGAUUUGUAAAGAUUUGAGAGUGAUACUAAGUCUUGUAACACUGAUUUUUUAGCUCGACUAUUCGAUAAGAAUAAGUAGAGCUAUUGCAGUCACCCGAGCGUCGACGUCGGCGUAACCACUUAUGUUAAAGUUUUUGUAAUAGUUCAAAUAUUUUCAAAGUCCAUUGACAUAUGGCUUUGAAACUUUGCACACUUGUUUACCAUCAUGACCCAACCUGUAAACAGGAGAAGGU